UAUAUACUAAAGUUUUGAGUUCAUCAUGGAAUGGAAGUAAGCAAUUGGCAUACCAACGCAGUGCAUAAGUUCCACAAUACUCCCGGGCAUUCUUAUUAAUAAGAAGGAUGGAAAGGAAAAAUGAUGACAAGGCGGCUCAUUACCACACCCAACUGUCAAUUAGCAAAGAACCAGAAGAAAGCCAAAGCCCCAAUACUUCUGAUGAUGAUGAUGAUAAUGAUGAUGAUGAUGAUGAUUCAGAAAUCACCAAAGAGCAGCCACCAAAUGAGGAAUCACAUCCACAAUCACAAUCACAAUCAAGUCCUAACUUUGAUUCGGAUGAUAAUUCAGAGGAGUCAUCAAGUGAGGAACCAGAAACAUGUCCAAGGAACUUAGAAGAAGAAGGUAGUGAGGAUGAAAUGUAUCUGAUGAUUUUAUUCAAGUUGGUACAUAAGGGUGAUUGGGGGCAGAUUAAGCACUUCCUUGAGCUACACCCUGAUGCACUGAGUGCCAAAAUUUCAUCUUAUGGCGAGACAGCCCUCCACAUUGCAGCCCUAUCUGGACACGUAAAGAUUGUGGAGGAGUUAGUCAAUAUGACAAGCGUAGAAGAUUUGAAACUUAUAAAUGAUUACGGUGAAACAGCUCUUUCUCUUGCUGCUGGAGGUGGAAUCACAAGGGUUGCCAAGCCUUUGGUGAGAAAGAAUCAUGACUUGCUAGGGAUUAAAAAUAUUAAUGGUGUCAUCCCUGUUGUUGUGGCUGCUCAAUUCGGCCAUACAGAUAUGGUACAUUUCCUUUACUAUAUGACUCAAGAGGAGGACCUAGAUCCUGAAACAAGCAGCCAAGGUGCUAAGCUUCUUAUUACUUGUAUUGUUGCCCAAAUAUAUGAUAUUGCUUUGGAUCUGGUACUAUGGUUCCCAGAAUUGGCUACUGCCGUAUUGGAGGGACAUACUGGUGGAACACUAAAUACAUUGGCUACUAGAAACUCAGCAUUCCCUAGUCGAACUCAGUUGGUGUGUUGGAAAAAAUGGAUCUACUCAUGCAUGCCGGUACAUUCAUCUCGUGUCUCCAACAUUCACAGAGACAUCGAAGCAUAUCCUGGAAUACAUACUUACCAUGAAAAUAUCAUUAAACGAGCACUCCGUCAUUCGUAUGGACUAGUAUGGGAUCUCCUAAAACUCCUAGUCCCCUACAUCAAGCAUAUAUAUGUCAUAAAAUUAAAACAUGCUCAAGUCCUUGAGUUGUUGGACUGCAUUUCCCAACAUAUAUCAGCUUUGAAUCAUUCACAAAUAAAGGAUACAGAAUUAUUUCAAGCAGUAUUCAAUGCUAUUAAGCAUGGGAAUGUUGAGUUUGUCGAAGAGAUCCUCACAGCGUAUCCUGAUAUCAUAUGGAUUGUCGAUGAGGAUAUGCGCAACAUAUUUUUAUAUGCAGUUCUGCAACGGCAAGAAAAGAUUUUCACCCUUUUACAUAAAAUGGGGCCAAAAAAGAACAUAAUAGCAACUAGCUUGGACAGAGAUAGCAACACCAUCUUACAUCACGCGGCAAUGCUAUCACCUUCUUCUCAUCUUGAUGGCAUUUCUGGUGCAGCUUUGCAGAUGCAGAGAGAGUUACAAUGGUUUGAGGAAGUAGAGAAAGUUGUUCAACCAAUGUAUAGAGAAAUACAAAAUAAUUAUGGUAAGACGGCUCGCGCUUUGUUUACUUCAGAGCACAAGAACCUGAGAAGAGCAGGGGAGAAAUGGAUGAAGGAAACAUCAACAUCGUGCACUGUUGUGGCUGCUCUUAUCGCUACUGUUAUGUUCACAGCAAUCUUCACCGUGCCAGGAGGUUAUGAUGGAACAACGGGGAAUCCCUUGUACUUGCAUCAAAAUUCAUUCAUGGUUUUCGUAGUAUCAGAUGCUUUGUCCUUGUUCACUUCUUCUAGCUCAGUACUGUUGUUCCUAGGAAUCCUUAAAUCGCGCUACACUGAAGAUGAAUUCCUUAUGUCCUUGCCAAGGAAACUAAUAAUGGGUAUCGCUUCCCUUUUCUUCUCUAUAGCGACCAUGAUGCUAACCUUUGGCACUACCAUAUUUAUCUCCCUUCAUGACCGAUUAUCAUGGAUUUCCAUCCCUAUCAUUUUGUUGUCUAGCAUUCCAGUUAUGGUUUUUGUAUUUCCUCAAGUUCCACUCCUUUAUGAGAUUUUUGUUUCGACAUAUGGACCUGGCAUCUUUAAAAAACCAAAAAAGGGUUAGUUCUGAAAUGUUUCCCUUUAUGAAUAUUCCUAAUAAUCGACUAUGCGUGUAUUAGAUUGAGAGUAUGAACUCUGGCAUUUAUUUAAAGAAAUUUUUAGGCAUGUAAUGUCAUUUUUAUUAUAUUUUUACUUUUGUCUUGUA